CACAUUCAUUCGACUGUACACAUCCAUCGCUUUUGCAACACUCGCCUAUUCCUUUUCCCCGAGUCUUUGCUGCGAUUUCCGGGAUUAUCCAUCGUCACUCGCCACUCGCCACUACCUUCCAUUCAUCAUGGAGCUGAUGAAAGAAAAUCAGCCCGCACCUUUGGAUGUUGCAUGGAAUAAUGGCAGCUUGGAUGGGCUUGACUUGUUGCUCAAAGCCGCGACAAAGACUGCCCAGGCAAAGGAGCCGGGCAUGAAGAAGCCCAAGGCGCCAUCGAUGGCUCUAAAUGGUUCUUACGAUGCACCUGUGAUUGUGGGCAGAGGCUCCCAGGCAACACUAAACCUCGGCAGGAUCAACAAGCAGGUGUCGAGACGCCAUGCUAUCGUUCAAUGGUCCAAGGAAGCAUCGGCUUUUCAGAUUACGGUCCUCGGCCAGAACGGUGUCCGCAUCAAUGGCAUAGGAUACCCCUCGGGACAGCAGACAACACUUCGGGAAGGCGAUAUCGUCGACUUGGUCGGCGUCAAAAUGCGCUUUUUUUUACCUGCAGGGCCAGCUCCUGCGCAGGCACAUCUGAACUUCGAGGAUCAGCUUGUUCAAGCAGACGAAAGCGAUCCCUUCUUAGUCCCUGCAGGCCUGUCGACUCCCAAGCGAACGAACACUAUCAUGCCAGCUCAUCAAUUGGCGACUCCGACCUACUCCUCGCCCAUUCGUGACCCUUUGAGCUCGCCCUCUCAAUUGACGCCCACAGCACGCAUGCGACACAAGAUACUGAAAUACGAUUACUCGCCCAUAACCAGGAAUCCCUUUGACUCACCAUCAUCCGAUACAGGGAACGAAUUCGGAUCAUCUCCGGUCAAGUCGAAACCCAUCUUUGCAUUGGAUACCUCGCCCGUUCGUCGACCUGCUGGCCUGGAGAGUCCCAUAUCAGAAGGCAACAUUUUCUUUGACGACGAACCUCCCAAAAGCCCAUCAAAGUAUUCCGCCCAGCGUGCACCUUUGGCGCCACUGUCGUUGAUUGAGAACGGACAGUCGACCAUUUCUAGGCCCCAGACAGCCAUCAACCGUUCAGCCACUGGACUCCCGUCACAGACGGCUUCUGCGCUCAUCAAGGCGAAGCCCAGCAACGUGCUAAAGAUGUCUGCGUCGUUGAAAUCAGGGAAUACAGAGACCAAUAGUGCGAAGCUUGAGAAGACGAUGGCACUGCAGAGCAUCACCCAAUCCAUGGAUGCGAAAGAGAACGUUCGUCCAGGAAAAUCAGCAGACAAUGUCUCUAACAAAUCUCGACCAUCGUCCUCGCCUACCAAGGCGCAACACGUCAAGCUCGUCUCAAAGGAUUCAACAAGCCCGGUCAAAAAGGCCUCGGAAAAGAGCUCGACUGAGGCGACCAAGAAGGCAUCAGCAAAGAUUUCGACCGAUACAAUCAAACGGCAGCAAAAGGAGAAGAAAGAGGUGAAGGGGGAGGAGGAGAAGGCACAAGAGAAUGAUGAGAACGUAUCUUUAUCAUCGCCAGAGACCCCGGCAAAUAAGUCGCCCAUGGACUAUACGGAGAUGAUCAUCGACACCCUCGUCUUUGCGCGCAAGAAGAAAUCGAUGACCUUGAGCGAGCUCUUUGAUGAGAUGGUUGCGAGCCAGCCUUCGUUGAUGGCGACACACGAGCCCGAGGAGAUUAAGGAGCAGAUGAUGCAGUGCCUGACGGCCGCCCGCUGUGUCGGCAAGAUCACACGCAAAGGUAAAGAUGCUUACAACAAACCGCUGGAGAACCAAUGGUAUUAUAUUCCAGAGUGCGACCACAAUGUCAUGCGCAAACUCACUCGACAGGAGGUCAUGCCAAGCGCUCGCAAGUGCACACUGAAGGACAAGCAAUACUUCUUCAAGAUGCCACCCAAGCUGCCGUACCACCGCAAGUCGACAUCACCCUACGCUGUCAAGCCCUCGGCCCGUCGUACCAAGGAGUCAAGCAAACUGUCCGCAGGAGCAGACGACAAUGAUGUCUCUUCCUCUUCUUCUGAACCCGAAGACGAAGCAGAUGAGCCCGUCCAGGCGACAAGGAAGCGCAAGAUGGCCAACUCUGAACAUGUGGACAAGAAGCGCAAGGACACACAAAAGGAUUACGAGAAGGAGCAAGAGGAGGGGGAUGGUGACGAUGAUGAUGAGGAGAUCGACGCGCACAAUGACUCGCUGGACGAUCUUUCCGAACUCUCUGGAUUGUCCGACUGAAAGCAGACGCGAACGAAGAGGAGGAGGCAGUCCUCAUACCUUCAACGACACCCCUGCUCCUUGUUCUUGAUUUUCGUCGUCUUUUCUUUUCCUUUCUCUUUCUCUUCACAUCAGAGCUGUAACAACUUUUUAUUUUUAGUCUUAGUCUCCAAAUAUACUUUCCUGAGACAAAUAAACGUUCUUGAAAAUCAUUAUUAAAAAAAUAAUA